AUGACGAACUUCCAGAUUCAAAUCAUCUCCGACACCAUCUGCCCUGUAAGUCCACCGAACCCCAGCACCAACCAACUAACCCCAGCCCAGUGGUGUUACGUGGGCUACCGCCGGCUAUCGCGGGCAAUUACCACCCACCAAGCCCUAAACCCAGCCGACACAUUCAGUCUCCACUGGAAAGCCUUCUACCUGAACCCAGCGGGAGCAGCCUACCCCGGCGUGAACAAAGCCGAGAUGUACAGCCAGAAAUUCGGGGCCGGACGCACCGAAGCCAUCUUCGCCCGUCUGGCAGCCGUGGGCGAAGGCGACGGCAUCAAGUUCAGCUUUGGUGGCAAUUCCGGAUCAACUCGGGACUCGCACCGACUGCUUUGGUAUGCCGGGCAGAAGGAGGGGAGUCAGAGUCAGAGUGGGAGUGGACUGGUGGGCGGAUUGCAGACUCGUGUGGCGGAGCAGCUGUUCCGGGCGUAUUUCGAGGAUGAGAAGAACAUUACGGACUUGAAGGUGUUGGUGGAGGCGGGAGUUGGGGGUGGGUUGGAUCGGGAGGAGGUGAAGAAGGUGCUGAAUGAAGAUGUUGGGGCCGAGGAGGUGGAUUUGGAGGCGAAGACGGCUGCGAGUCGACUCGUUUCGGGGGUGCCUUAUAUUACGGUGCAGGGCAAGUAUCAUGUGGAGGGGGCUGACGAACCCGAGGCAUUCUUGGAGAUCUUUGAAAAGAUCAAGGCGGAUGAGAAGUAG